AUGGAUGCAGCAAGUUGUGGACCAUCAAGUGCAUUACAAAACUUAAACAAACAUGCUCAAAGAGAUACAUCAUUACAACAUCAAAGACUACAUCCAAAUGGACCACAACAACAAGGUUUACAUCAAUUUCGUCAAGGUAAUCAAAUAGAUUCAAACUUACAAAAUGAUUUUAAACAAUUUAAUCAAAGCAAUCAAGGUCAUGAUUUUGCGUCACUGUUUAUGCAACAAAUGAAUAGACCCCAAUUUAAUCAACAGAUUCGAAAUAGUCCCGGUAUACAACAAAAUCAACAAGGUUGGGUUAAUGAUUUUUCAAAUUUAAGUAUUGAAAGGCAAAAAAGUCAACAAAAUCAAAAUCAACAACAACAGAAUAAUUGGCAUCAACAGUUCAUGCAACAAAGUGGACCACAACAACACCAACCAAUACUAGAUCAGCAACAACCACAACAAAUUCAUCAUACUCAAUCUCAAUAUCAUCCUAAUUAUUCUAUGGGGAAUUUCCAAAACAGAUUAACAAUGAAUGCUUUACCGCAAUAUAAUCAACAAUCAGAACAUCAAGAAAUUCACAAGUUACAAAACCAACAUCAACAAUUCGAAAAUGAAUUUGAUUUAUUAGAAAAAGAAUUAUCACAACAAGAAAAUCAACAAGCAGAUAUAACAAUAGAUAAUUCUACAGAUUUAGAUAAAGAGAAAUUCGCACAAACCGCAAAAUUGGUAGAAGAUUCAAUGAAUCAAUUAAAUACUCAAGAUUCAAACAUGAAUGCCAAAUUUCAAAAUUCAGAUUUUUUAAAAUUAAUGAAUUCCAUAAGUAAUAAAAAAGUUGAAUUAGAAGGUGAUAAAUUGAUCAACUCAGAAAAUAAACAAGAUAUAAGAGAAGAUGGAAUACCUCAAACUACCUUGAAUCAACAACAGCACUCAGGUACAGCUGAAGAAAUUCAAGGUAAUGAAAAUGUUACGAAUUCAAGGUUGAAUCAAAAUUUGAAUAAUAUAGACUAUCAUCAACCAAUACACAACAAUCCAUCGGUAGAUUUAGACGACUGGUCAUUCGACUCAAUACCGAACCAUCCACAACCACAACAACAUCAACCACGUAAACAUAGACAACAACCACAACAACCACAACAACAAAAAUUACCAGAUCCAUUAUCACACAUAGCAGACGAUGCAUUAGAAGGAAUAUUAGAUCCUCUCACAGCAGCAAGAAUAAUUAGUGGUGGACAAGUUACUCAAAAAGAUUGGACUGAUGUUGAAGGCCAAGAUGAUUGGUUAACAUCUGAUGAAUUUCCUGGAUUAAAUUCAAGACCUCAUGUACCUUGGAGAAAACAUCAAGUUGUUUAUAAUGAUGAUAAUGAGGAGUUUGGAUUAUGA